UUACAGGAAUAGAUAAACGUGGGCGCUAGGCGCCAUCGCGUCUUACAACUGGUGAAAGAUUACAUUUUUUAUCCUAGUGUGCUUAAUAUUUUUGUGCUAACACCAUAUGUGAAGGAGUUUUGGCGCUUGAGCCCCAAAUAUGAAGUGCAUGCAUACACACAGCUGCGUGUAUUUUACGAGAUAAGUGAUGACCGUCGUGUGUAGCAGAUUUUUCCCCUCUGUGUACUUGGCAAAUUAAAGUGAUCUCCAGGACAUUGGUCGCAUCAGAGGGUUAUGUCUGUAGACCUGAGCAACAGGGAAGAAUCGAGCACUUCAGAAGACCAAGACAGCAGUGGACUACAAGAUCUAAAAUGUUUGGAAUGUGGCCAGUCAUGUCUCUCCAUAAAGGGCUUGAUUUCACAUUAUAAAGCCCAUAAUUCCAAGGCUACCUGCCACAUCUGUAAGGUGACUUUCCAACGAGUGACAUCACUCCUCACACACCUGCUUAAUGUGCACUUGCCACCAAACUGCUACAUUUGUUAUCAGCGUUUCAGUAAUGCUUGGGAGUUGAACAAGCAUAGUGAGUCGCAUUGCCUGGAUUCUAUGUCAUUUGAAGAAACUGCCUCUUCCUUUGCAACAUCCAUCCACGCUCCAAACCCUCUUAUUCCAAUUAAAGGUCACAGAGCAACUGGAGCUUAUCCCAGCGAUCACUGGGUGAGAGAGGGGGUACACCCUGAACAGGCAGCCAGUCUUUCCCAGGGCACAGUCAGUUAUCCAACCAUCCAUUUUCAAAACCCACCUAUUCCAGUUAAAGGAGGCGGGGUACACUCUGGACAGGCCACCAUUCAACCAAAGAGUGCAAUCGGCUAUCCAUCCAUCCUUUUUCUGUUCCCAGUUGUUCCAGUUAAAGGUCAGGGAGGGGCUGGAGCCUGUCCCAGUGAUCAAUGUGCAAGAGGUGAGGUACUCCCUGGACAGCCCACCAUUCUAUCUUAGGGCACAGUCAGUUAUCUAUCCAUCCAUCCAUAUGCAAAACUGGCCAACUCUAGAUAAAAGAAGUGGGGUACUUCCUGGACAGGUCACCAGUCUGUCGCAUGGCACAAUUAGUUAUCCAUCUAUUCUUUUGCAAAACUCACAUAUUCCAGAUAAAGGAAGUGGGGUACACCCUGAACAGGCAACCAGUAAAUCGCAGGGUGCAAUCACUUAUUCAAAUGUUGAUGACAGUUGUCUUGCAAACACCUCUGAGAACUCAACUAAUGAGCUGACUGAGUGUAAAAUGGCCUCAGACAGUCUCCAGAAAGAUUCCCCACCAAAUAGUUGUUUCUCAUAUAUAGCUAAAGACCACUCAUACUGUAUCCCAUUUGACAGACAGAGCCAGCUGGCAUCUGCCAUUCCACAGUGCACUGAUACAGAGACACUCGAGACAACUGAAAACACUAUAGAGUACAUAGUGGGUGAAAAUGAAGAUGGUUACAUGGAAACUGAUGAUGAGAAUUCAACAAACUCCGAAACUGAAGAUUCACAAUCGCAUGGUAGCUCAACUGACACUGGGAGUGAGUCUUUCAACUGUUCAUCCUCUGGUAGAGCCCCUGUUACAUCAAAAAAGGAUUUUUUACAGUGCUCCGUAUGUCAGAAUAUCUUUGUUACAAUGGAGUCACUUCGCCAGCACUACACACGUUUGUACUCCUGCACCACCUGUGGCCAGCUUUUCUCUCACUGGAAAAGUUUGAAAUUUCACCUUUGUGCUCAGAACAGCGCUGCAAAAGCUUGUAACAUUUGUGCGGAAUCAGUCCUCAAUUCGUGUGUCAUAUGUAAUGCCUUUUUUGUGUCUGAGGACACAUUGCUGAGCCACAUUAAAAGCACUCACAGUUCAGUGGUCCAUAAUAAGUUAGGCGCUGAGACCAAAGCACUUGCUGUCAAGUUGAGCUUACCAACAGUCUCUGGAACCAUGGCACAUGUAGUCACGAGUAGCCCUGAACAUGUGUUAGGUUCCUGUAACACUUCGAUACCAGGCACUUCCAGCGCUGCUGCCCACCUCAGUAAUGGAAAUCCCCUGAUCAGUAAAAGCUACUUUGGCUCCUUACCUACAAUUGUGACAUCGAGUGUGUUACCUCCUUCACCAUCCUCCUCUUGCCCAAGCUUGGAUCCUGGGGCAUCAAAAGUAGUUAACAGGUGUCCAAACAACACUGUCCCAUCUACUGUUUCUCAUGUUGUCCUCCAGCAGAGCAAAAACCAUCACAUGACUGGCUUGACAAAUGGUCAACCCAAAAUACUGCCCAUUUCAAAGAUACAGACUCAGGUGCUGGAGAUGUGCCAGAUGAGGAUGAAACCUCUGUGCAACGGUUCGACUGCAGCAUUUAGUAAAGAUGAUGCUGUAGCUCAUCAGACUAGUCAGCCUCCUGGUCUUACGUCCAUCCCAGCCGGCGCCACGAACAAGACGUCAGCCUCUGCCACUGCUCAGCCAGUCUACUCAUCAGCGCCCCCCUUGACUAUUCUAGCCAUGUUUAAGAAUAACAGUCAGGAGGCGGCUUUGCUGAAGCGUAUGAACACAAACUGGCGUUCUAAGGUCGCUUACCCUUGCAGGCACUGUGGCGCCGUUUCACGACAGCCCUCUCUCAACAUCACCCACCGCUACCUCCACCGAGGCCGCCGCUCACACCAGUGUCAGUGUGGCCGAGCCUUUAAGCACCAGCUGCACCUUCUACGACACUGGGUUCAACACGCAGAGGCUGCGAGCUACAUCUGCGUCAACUGUGGGCACACCUUCACAGGUGCGAAACUCUUAGCCGGGCACAUAAUGGGCAACACAAGGAAAGCUAAAUGUAGGUGGAAAUACAGACUGAGGACAAGGUGCAGAACGCCCUUUUCAUGUGACUGUGGGCAGCUCUUCGUUAGAGCUUCUGCUUACAUAUGGCACCAGCUUAAAAACAGGACAAAAGUCAAACGGUCGACAAAACAUUUGAAACAAUGAGUGGAUGUAUUUCUGUUUUACUUGUGGUUGUCACAUUUUAAAGUUACAGUGUGUAGGAUUUAGGGGUGUUUGUGAGCAUAAAUGGAAUAUAGCAUUCAUUGGUCAAUAAUGAAUGUUUUUUUUAUUUUUUUCCACAAGCUUAGAUUGAGCCCUGCAUGGGAGUGGACCCCCUCAUGGAGGCUUCCAUAUUGAUACAGUAGCUCAAAAGGGCUGGAAGACUGAAGGAAGAAAAAACAAAAAAGGUUAACAAGUUUGACAAACUCCAAUUUUGUGAAAUGAUGGAUCAUACAUAUUGCUUAUCACAAGAGAAGGCAAGGAAGUAUGAAUCCCUUUAACCAAAGAGAAAAUGUGAAGGGAAUCAAAAUCAUGGGCUGCAACAGCUUAAUGCAAUCUGCAACCUCACUGUUAGAUGGCACUAAAUCCUACAUGCUGUAGUUUUAAGUAUUGAUGAACAGCUAAUUGAGCAA